CAGUCAACAAGUGAACAUCAUAUAAAAAUAGUAUUGGAAUCCAACUUGGUAGUGUCGAGUAAAGUGUCUCUUGGAUAGUAAAACACCAAACAGUUGUGCUUUUUGUUUGUGAUAUUAUUCAGUUUCCUAGCUGUGUCAAUCCAUUUAGCUUUAUCCACUUUUUUGUCUUCUUUUUUUUCAAAUCAACAAUCAAAAUGAGUCCCAUUUGGAGUAUACUUCUUAUUGCCCUUCUCUAUGUUAACCUUAGCCUUGUCGAGGCAGGUAAAAAGAUGAACCAAGAUGAAGUUAUUGUAAUCAACAAUAAUGGCGGUGGUAAGUGCGGUGGACAUACAAGGACAAUUGUCAAAACUGCUGGUCAAGGCAAGAAAGGCAAAGGAAAGAAGGGUAAAGGUCACAAGAUCAUUUUAUCUUCUGGCGGAGGCAAAUGUCCAGGAGAAUCAAAGGUUACUCACAUUCCUUUCCCAAUGCCUGUUCCUCAUUAUGAGCAUGUACACCAUCACUCUGGCUGGGGCCAUGGAUCUGAACGAAGAGAAGGUCAAAUGGCUGCUGGAUCCAUGCCAGUGGGCAGUAUGACUUCCGGUAGUUCACCAGUUCCAUCAUCAGACAAGGGUGACAGAGGAAUGAUGAUGCCUUUCCCAUUUGAUGCCCAACGAAUGGACAUGCCUUAUCCACCACAUCACAUGGAAAUGUCUGGUGCCAAUCCUGCUGUUGCUUAUGUACCACAUCCAUAUGCUCAACAACAAGCCCACCAUGGACACGGUCCUCACCAUCAUCAUCAGGGUUAUGGACCAAUGCAACAUCAAUACAUGUAAAACUCGUAUAUUUUGUUGUAUUUUAU